AUGGGACGCUAUCAUACUGCAACUGGAAGUUCACAGCUAUCAAUACUAACACCGAAUCAACGAGAAAGUAUUAUACGGAAGGAACGUGAAAGACGUCGGCUGAUAAGGUAUCAACAAGUGCGACAGUUAAGCGCUGAAAAUGCGGCAAAAAUACGGGAACGAGUUAAAAUGGCAAAGCAGAAGGAAAUGACAGAACUUAAAAAGCGCUUAAUGGACGCUAUCGUUCAACGAAAUCAUUUAGCUCCCAGUGAUGUAUUUUCUGCUGAUCAUAUCGAUAAUGCAUUGCCUAUCGAGAUACCGCGUAGAUCACGACGACGCCAAAUCACGAAUGAAGAUUUGACACGUGCAAUUCAUCGACAUCGUGAAGCAUUGGAUAGAUUACAUCGAGAAAAUGAUCGAGAGCAGCGACGACGUGAGCUCGUACUGGAAAGGCAAAAAAAAGCUCGCGAAAUAGCAAAUGUACGAUCGCGAAGAAUCUAA